AUCCUUGUCAGCCCUAAUGCAUUUAUUUAUUUUCUCACAUAAAGUAAACUCUUGCCUAUCUUUGCACAUUUUUUUUCUUAAAAUAAACCCUUGCCUACCUUGACACGACUAUUUAAACAGAAAGGAAAAUGUGAUUUUAUACUCGAAUCAACUUCUUACUACUAUCUGGUCUGAAAAAAUGUACUUUAUUGCCCUUCUGUCACUUGUAAGCAUCUUGGGUGUAUCAGCAAACUCACACUGUAGAAGUAAUGCUGAGGUUAGUUGGAACGUUUAUGAUUCUUCAAAUGGAUUAGACAACGGUGUGAUGUCUAUUCAUGGAGGUAAAGAUGGGUGGACCAUUCCAACUGUUACAGCUAUGAAUGCAUUGAGUGAUUGUGUCUUUAACUUCCAUGGUUGUUCCGGUGUUUGGACUGACAACAGUUAUUGGAAAUUCUCAUGUAAUGGAGGUGGAAUGAAAUGGAAACAAGGUGUAGGAAGUAUCGAAUUUAACUGCAGUGAUGGACCUUAUACAUGUGAAAACUUUCACUCAACCUAACUUCAAAUUAUAUGGUUUUUAAAUAAAAACUUUCCCUACUUUUUCUAGGGGAGCGUCAUUAUUAUUUCAUGUAAUUAUGCUGCUUUUAUGUAGCACAACAACGAAGAUCACAUACGUGUAUAAUGAAUCGCAACAACAAAAGAAGCCCUUUCUUUUUAUAUAAAAGGAAUAGCUUAUACAAGUACCUUUAGAGGGCGUAUACUUGUAAUAAUAUACAUAAAAUAAGUAAUAUGCUUAAACUACGAGCCUUGAAACAAAGAGAG